GUUCAAAACCCACCAGAAAAACCCUAACAAGCGAUUACUCCACAUAAAAAGCAAACCCCAGGUCGCAUCGCGUGCUGCCGCCGUCGAAUUCCCAAAAUGUCGAAAAGAGGGCGCGGAGGAUCGGCCGGGAACAAGUUCAGGAUGUCGCUGGGUCUUCCGGUGGCUGCCACCGUGAACUGUGCCGAUAACACUGGAGCGAAGAACCUGUACAUCAUCUCAGUGAAGGGUAUCAAGGGGCGAUUGAACAGGCUGCCGUCGGCUUGUGUCGGCGACAUGGUGAUGGCCACUGUGAAGAAAGGAAAGCCUGAUUUGAGGAAGAAGGUGAUGCCUGCCGUCAUUGUGAGGCAGCGCAAGCCUUUUCGCCGAAAGGACGGUGUCUACAUGUACUUUGAAGAUAAUGCUGGGGUUAUUGUGAACCCAAAGGGGGAAAUGAAAGGAUCUGCAAUUACUGGACCAAUUGGAAAGGAGUGUGCUGAUUUGUGGCCUAGGAUUGCUAGUGCAGCCAAUGCCAUUGUGUAAUGUCCAGAUUUUUCUUCAGGUGUCAAUGAGGAGUAGUAGUUUCAUGUUAUUUGUUACUGAAAAGAAAAGUGAGUUUUUUAAAUAUGGAUCCAUAUUUGUAUUGGAUGUUUUUGUUUUCCCGUGACGUACAUAUAUUGGAAUUUGUUUAGAACUGAUCCAGCUGA